CUGCCUUGUCUGCCCGUCCUGAGCUGCCUCCGAUGCGGUGCUAGUCUGAAGGGUGGUCUGGCCUGUCCAGGCCCAUACCCCUCCUGCUGCAGCUUGUCCCCGUGAACGGUCGCCCCCUUCGCGCUCCGUUGGUGACGGCUGCCGUGUGGCACGGGCUCUGCUGUGCUGCACCAACCUGCAUCCGAGUGUUCUUCAUGUGUUUGAUAAUACAUGCUAUCUACCCUGGGGUGUAUUUCAGUGCGUGUCAGGGACUGGGUGCGUACAGCCACUGGAUUUACCCGUGAGGUCUGCAGAUCUGUAAGAACAUACCUGAAGUCAAUAAUGCUUUCCAAGCUAACCCGCUCUCAGAGCGUUGCUGUUCUCUGUCGAGGUGUUCACGCUUCACUGAGUUCUGCUACUUCGGUUGCUACCAAAAAAACCAUUCAAGGACCUCCGUCCUCUGACUUCAUAUUUGAACGUGAGGCUAAAUAUGGUGCCCACAAUUAUCACCCACUGCCCGUUGCUCUGGAAAAAGGAAAAGGUGUUUAUGUGUGGGAUGUUGAAGGUAGAAAGUACUUUGACUUUCUGAGUGCUUACAGUGCUGUUAAUCAAGGCCACUGUCACCCAAAGAUUGUGAACGCUCUGAAAGCUCAGUCUGAAAAACUGACCCUUACAUCCAGAGCAUUCUACAAUGAUGUCCUUGGUGAAUAUGAGGAGUUCGUCACUAAAAUGUUCAAUUAUAACAAAGUUCUUCCAAUGAACACAGGAGUGGAAGCUGGAGAAACUGCCUGUAAAUUGGCUCGGAAGUGGGCAUACGCUGUGAAAGGAAUCCCAAAAUACAAAGCAAAAAUUAUUUUUGCAGCUGGCAACUUCUGGGGCAGAACCAUGUCUGCUAUCUCUAGUUCUACUGACCCAUCCAGCUAUGAUGGAUUUGGACCCUUUAUGCCAGGUUUCGAAGUGAUCCCAUACAACGACCUACCAGCUCUUGAGCGGGCCCUUCAAGAUCCCAAUGUAGCAGCUUUCAUGGUUGAACCAAUUCAAGGCGAAGCAGGUGUGGUUGUUCCUGACAAAGGUUAUCUCACCGGAGUGCGGGACCUCUGCACAAAACACAAUGUUCUGUUCAUUGCUGAUGAAGUACAGACUGGUUUAGCCAGAACAGGGAAAAUGCUAGCUGUUGACCAUGAAAAUGUGAGACCUGAUCUAAUUCUUCUUGGAAAGGCCCUUUCUGGUGGCUUAUAUCCUGUCUCAGCAGUACUAUGCGAUGAUGAAGUUAUGCUGACCAUUAAGCCUGGUGAACAUGGAUCUACAUAUGGAGGAAACCCACUAGCUUGCCGUGUUGCGAUGGCAGCACUGGAGGUAAUUGAAGAGGAAGACUUGGCUAAAAAUGCAGAAAUAAUGGGUAACAUACUAAGAAAUGAGCUCAUGAAGACACCAUCUGAUAUUGUAACUUCUGUAAGAGGAAAGGGACUAUUAAAUGCAAUCGUAAUUCGACAAACCAAAGACUAUGAUGCCUGGAAGGUGUGUUUGCGGCUUCGUGAUAAUGGACUUCUUGCCAAACCUACUCAUGGUGAUAUCAUUCGGCUGGCACCCCCGCUUGUGAUUAAGGAGGAUGAAAUCAGAGAGUGCAUCGAAAUAAUUCAUAAGACUAUUCUGUCUUUCUGAACAUGUGGCUUUUAAAGUAAAUCUGCUGACUGACCCAAGGUGGUGUGUUGAAAUAUGCGCAAUGAAGGCCUGCGAUGAAGGCCUGCUCUUGAAGCAAGCAUCUCUGCUUUUAUCUAAGAGGAUUUGACUCUUAAAACGUAGCUAUGUCUUUAAAUUAAUAAUGGCUCUGAAGAAAAUAAAGAAUGAUUUUAAAGAGUUUCCAAAUUUGGAAUACUUGGAAAUAGAGUGGUGAGGUUCUGUUCACCUAGUUGUGUAUCUGCUGAACAGUUAAGUCAGAAUGUUGGAGGGGAGAUAUCUGUAGAAAUAUAUUUAAUUGUUGAAAGUUUUGGCCAAAGUUUAAAGUAUAAUUUAUAUAUGUUUUAGUAAGGAUGGUCUUGCGCUCUCAUAUCAAUCUCCAAAGCAUCACAUUUGGCAUUUUUGCCCCUUGGCGAGAUGUCUGUAGGAUGGAAGCACUUGUCAUGGAUGAAUUUCUGUUUCUCAUUUGUAGCUAGAAAAAACUUCUAACGCUGAAGGUUUGACAAACAGGGUGUUAUGCUGGUGAACUUGAGAAGCAUCAAGCUGUGUUCUGGAUGUACAGUAUUUUGAUUGUAUGACAAGAGAUGCUGUGUUCAAGCCUGGUCUCAGUGUUUGGCUUUGCAAUCUUGUAAAAUAGAUCUGAGCAUAUAGAUCUGCUUUUACUGUUAUAAAACUUACUACAAUCUGGAUGUUUACAUUAAAACAUGCCUUGCAUUAAAAAAAAAAAAAAAAAGUUAUUGUGGAACUAAAAUACGCAGUGUAUUCAAAAAGAACAAGCC